UUCGGUUCAUGACCCGAAAGGUUACAACAACAAGGGAAGUAACUGCGGGGAAAAGUUGUGGAAUGUAACCACAAACAUUUUGCAUUAUUUCGGAGUCGUCUGACAGUUCGGAUACACUGACUCAUGGACGAAUGAGUGGUGUUCCACAAAUGUGAUAUACGUGCGGUCACAUUUGGUAUAAGAAGUACCAAUCAUGCAGCGGGAACAUCUAAGCCUAGUGGAUGUAUCCGAAGACAGACAAGAGGGCGACACUAGAAUCACCAAAACAUACCAAGUCACCCAAGUGUACUAUCAGGAAUACGAGGCAUCCUGUUUGCAGAAGUGCAGCAACGGAAUCAUUCGAGUCCUGGAGGGCACCUUCUACAGGAUUGGUUUGCAUGUGGCACGUCAUCCCUAUCUUGUAAUUCUUGUCUGCCUGCUUGUUUGUGGUCUCUGCGGAUUGGGUUUGUUGAAAUUCGAACAAACGAGCGACGACGCCAAACUCUGGGUACCAGUCAACUCAAGGGUUCUCCCAGAAAAGGCAUGGAUGGAGAAUCAUUUCCCGGAGCAGUUCCGCUACACAUCUGUUAUUAUCACUGCCAGCAACAUUUUGACACCAGCAGUGUUGAACUCUAUGUAUGAUAUGUACUUGAAGUCCAGUAUGAUGUAUGUGGAAGGUAACACCAACCUGGAGGGCCUAUGUGUGAAAGUGGGUCAGUCCUGCAAUGUUCAGAGCAUCUUGGAGCUGUGGAACAACAAUGGGACCAUCAUUAGAAAGCUCACCAUGAAUGAUGUCCUCCACACAGUCAACUCUGGUGUAAAAUACAGCCCCGUGUAUGGCACAGAAUGGAGCUUCAGCCAACAGCUGGGUGGUAUACGGAGAGAUCGCUAUGGUAACAUCAUUGGUGCGUCUGCUGCCUCCAUGCUCUGGGUGCUACACAAGGACCCACAAAAAGAAUUGUCAGCUCUAGACUGGGAGAAACAGAUGAUAUCCAUGGCAACCACUAGCAGACCUUACAUUGACAAAUCAUAUAUUUACGCCACAAGAACUUUCGAUGACGAAGGCUAUGGAGCAGUGAAUGCAGACACAACCCUUCUUACACUGGGCUUCAUUAUUGUCUUUAUCUUCAUUAUUUUGGUGCUUGGGCGCUUAAACCUGGUGGAGAACAAGCUUUACGUAUCCCUUGCUGGCAUAUUCAGCAUUGGACUGGCCAUUGUGUUCUCUUACGGACUUGCCAUGGCUUUUGGGUUCCUGUUUGGACCAAUACACAACCUAAUGCCGUUCUUGUUACUAGGUAUAGGUGUAGAUGACAUGUUUGUGAUAGUGAGUGCAUGGAACAACCUCAGUGACACAGAGAGGGUUCUUCCACUGGACAGAAAGAUGGCUCUCACCUUGAAGCAUGCAGGCGUCUCUAUCACUGUCACCUCCAUCACAGAUAUUGUGGCCUUUGGUAUUGGUGGAUCUACAGUAAUUCCAGCUCUCAGUGCUUUUUGUGCCUAUGCAGCCUUAGGAAUACUCGCCCUUUACCUUCUAGUUGCAACAUUUUUUGUAGCUGUUUUGACGUUAGACGAGAGACGUAUUUCUGAUACAAGGAAUUCUGUUUUGUUUUGUUAUAAGCAUAAACAGUAUGUGCCAAAUGCAUGUAGUCAGAAAGACCUGAUUGGAACCUUUCUAAAAGAUGUGUAUUCACCAACACUUAUGAAGAAAUAUUGCAAAGUAGCUGUUGCCAUAACGACAGUGGUGCUGGCUUCAGUCAAUACCUGGAGCUUCACAAAGCUGCGACAGGACUUCGACCUCUAUGAUUAUCUUCCCAGGGACUCGUAUGCCACUGAGUUUGUGCAGACGCAGAUGAAAUAUUUCCCUGACAGAGGCUUUGGGGCUUCUAUAUAUUGUGGAGAUCUUGACUACUUUGCUGACCAAGCGGCCAUUUUGAAGAUGUAUGCUGAUCUCAAUUCCAAUGCAUAUAUACAGAAUGGGUCCCUGGUGUUCUGGUACCCAGUCUUUCUCAACUACCUCAAGACUACCAGGGAACCCCUAGUCACUCAAAGUCUGCAUGAUGGGUUCCCUGGGAGCAGAGAUCAGUUUAACUCGCUGCUUCUUCACUUCCUACAGCAGAGGGAGGGCAGGUCUUUCUACCACUUCCUGAAGUUUGGCAACCAGACAAUACCACAAGUUACUGCAAGUUACAUGCAGUUCGUCCACGCUCAUCAGUCCAGCUCAGCGGGGGAUAUUGACGCAAUGGAGAGCGUGAGAAACAUCGUCGACAAUGCAAGGCUUGUCAAUGGCACCUGCUUCAGCUAUGGAUUCAAGUACCUGAAUAAUGAAACAAACAAGGUGUUAAAAGGCGAGUUGUACCGUAAUCUCAGUCUGGCGUGUGUGUGCGUGUUCCUGGUGACGUUGCUGCUGAUUGCCAACCUUUGGACGUGCAUCUUAGUCUUCACCUGUGUCCUCUUCACUGUGGUUGAUGUAGUGGGCACUCUACAAUUCUGGGAUGUUACUAUCGACACUGCCAGCAGUAUUCUCAUCACCCUGUGUGUUGGCCUAGCAGUGGACUACUCAGCCCAUGUGGGGCACAUGUUCAUGACUCUGCUAGGAACAAGAGAAGAGCGUGCCCGCGCGACACUGGCUAGUAUUGGACCUGCAGUUUUGUAUGGAGGACUUAGUACCUUCCUUGCCUUUGUCCUACUUGCCAACAGUCGCAGCUAUGGAUUCAUACUCUUCUUCAGGGUGUUUAUGACGGUGGUGAUAUUUGGGCUGUUCCAUGGACUGGUGUACCUCCCCGUUAUAUUGACUUGGGUUGGGCCGGCCCCAUAUCCCUCACGUGUACCACAGCGCUCCGGUACAGAGCAGGCUGAACCCGUUCAGAGAGAAAAUGGAUUUGGGGGUCAAAAGGUUGCCAUUUUAUCUAAGAGAAGGACUGUGUCAACACAAGCUGACCUGGGCUAUCCUUGUGGGCACUGCAGAUGUGAAUGUCAUUGUGGGGUGCAUGCACAAAUGGAGCCACAACAACAACAACAACUACAAGGAAUCAAAUCAUCUGGUCUGGACACAUCAAGUCCUGACACUUGCUCCCUCCAAUAUAAUGAUGUAAGCGCAUGUAUUGUCCUCAGAGAUGCAGACUGUGCAACCUCUCAGUCUCUCAUAGGGACCCAAGUAUGUGAUCAUGGCACUGCUGGAAUCCAGGAUGCAGCGUCCAGGCAUGGUUGUGUACUGUGUACGGUGCAGUGUGCAAGGCAACAUCUGGACGAGGUGAUGACACACUUGGGAAGUGGAAAGAUUGGUCUUGUGACAGGCAGUAUCCCUAUGGCUAUGCCUUUAGAUCAUCAGCACAGCUAAUGGUGUUGAGGAGUAUGUUAAGUGCUGGUACUUUGUUGUCAUAUAUGAAAUGUUUGGAAAAUGUUCAUAAUCGUGCUGAUUUUCGUUUGAUGAAGGGCAUUCACAUGUGUUCAUAAUCGUGCUGAUUUUCGUUUGAUGGGCAUUCACAUGUGUUAUUACCAUUAUAAGUAUUUAAUGUUUUAGAAUAAGCUUGAAAAUCAGAGUCAACAAUCAAAACUACAAAAGGGUAAGCUGUUGAAUGAGCACCAUAUUGUGUGUUGUGUAAAAAGCAAUAGCUGUGAUGAUAUGUUUGACUCCUUUGCAUAGUUAUAUUUAUAUUAAAUUAUCAGGAAAGCACUAAUCAUGAUUAUUUACUUGUACAUUUUACAAUAUGUAUAAAAAUGUGCUCAAAUCUGACUUUAUUUAUGAUCAAACACUUUGAUAUAUGAUGUAUAAUUAUUGCUCUUGCAACAUGAUUGCACAAUAAGAACAUUUUGUGAGUUUUCAGUAAGCUGAUGUACGGGUAUAUCAGUUACAGCUGCUAUAUUUAAAUUAUAUACGUAUUCUGGAUUUGGGUAUAUUUGCUGACAUACAGUUGCUGUUUUAAUACAGCUGUACUAUGCCAAGGAAUACUAUUUCAACAUACUUAUAUUUAAUUGUUCACUAGUGUAUGCCUUUUAAUAAUAUUUUUCAUAACAAUUGUUAAGAACUUGGGAACAUCCUUAUUAUGAGAAGUUGAUAAUAUUCAAUCUUGCUAAUUUACUUUUAAAUCUUACAAACUAUUCGUCACUAUUGGUGAGACUUAAUGUCUCAAUAUAUAAUGUGUAUGUUUCGAUUGAAUCUUUAAUAUAAAGUCUUACUGCAGUUCUUAGUUAGGGAUUUAUGUUUUGAUCUUCGUUAAUUGCAUUAUAAAGCUUUGUUUUCAACAUGGAAAGCAAGUAUCCAAUUUUAUUAAGUGGAUAUGACUGUUAUGACAUAAUUUCUCACACCUUUGUUGGGAGCGUUAUUUUGCAUCUGGGGCUGAUAACUGCAAUUACCUGUAUGUCCUGUACAAAAGUAUGAAUAUACAUUUAUAUACUUAAGUGUAUAUUCAAAAUAGUCAAUAUUGUGCAUGUUCAAUGCAAUCAUUUUCAUAUACAUGUAUUUCCACUAUGAUAAAAUCAAUUCACAAAGCUAAUGCUUUAUUUCUCACUGCAAUAAAUGCCAUACAUCACUUUAAUUGAAUUUCAGAAAGCAUUUGUUUCUUUUUGUUAAAUUUAAUUCUGAUAUCUUUCAUUAAAUUUGUCAUGCUCCGCAUUUUCAUUUUUGUUUCAUUUUCAAGAUAAAAGGUAUAAAGUUUUUGCAAUCAUGUACAAUGAUAGAUUUAGUCAUAAACAUGGAUCAUAACUGCAGAAAUCACAACUGAGACUCUUUCAUUUCAGUACAUGAUCGACUGAUAAAAUAGAUGUUAAAGUUUACAUAGAUGUCUGUAGCACUUACAUUUACUAAAGUCCUAAACGUAAUUGUAACAAGAAUGGUGAUAUACUAAGAAUAGUCUGCAUUAAGUGAUGGUUACUCUCAUAUGAAAUAACAACUUAAACAAAUAUGGCAGAUAUAAGUGUUUCUAUUGAUUGUGUUUCUAUUUUUAUUUUGAUGUCCUUUAUUAAACACAAAAACCCAUUUGCUACCUUGAAGGUCAAACUUGAGAUCAAGUUACAAGGCAGCAUCAAUUGUCAAAGCUCUAUGUUUGUGGUAUGUGGAAUUAUUUAUCACUGUCAGUGUUAGUUGUAGUUUUGAACACGUCAGAAUAUGUGGACAAAAACACGAUAACUAACACAGUAACAGUGGUAGAUAUGUAGUUAAGAGAUACAAUUGUGUGUUAUUGUGCCCUUGUGGAGUGGAAGGCAUUAAGCAUUGCACUUUUCGGUCCGUACACCUGGAAGCUUGUAUUUUCAACUCUUCUUUUACUACUGGGUGGACCUUGUACAAACCUUUAGAGUGGAAUGACCAAAAUGUCAUAAUGAUGGUAAAGAAAGAACUUUAGGCUGCUACAAGUUUUGGCCAAUUUAUGUACCUCUCUCUGUUUUUCAUGUCACAAGGCUUAUUUUUAAGUCCACUUUUACUCCAAAAUGCAUAUCAUUUAAACUUUUACCAUCAAAUGAGGUUAAUGUGAAGAUGACUUAACAGGGACCUUUGCUUGUGUAGGUCCCUGCCGUAAAGGAAAGAAUUUGGCUCUUACGAGAAUUAUGGCUUUUUGUCUUUUUGUGCUCCCGGAUCGUAAGAUCAGGGGUAUAUUGUUUUUGGCCUGUCUGUCAUUGUGUCAGUCAGUCAUUGUAUGUGUGUGUCACAAAAUUUUAACCUUGGUUAAACUUUCAUAACUUUUGCAAUAUUGAAGAUAGCAACUUUAUAUUUGGCAUGCAUGUGUUUCUCAUGGAGCUGCACAUUUUGAGUGGUGAAUAAUUAAGGUCAAGGUCAUCCUUCAAGGUCAAUGGUAAAAGUCAUUGUUUUUUUAUUUCCUAAAACUUUAACCUUUGUUAAAGUUUGGUCAUAACUUUUUUAAUAUUGAUCAUAGCAACUUGAUAUUUGGCAUGAUUGUGUAUCUCACAAGAGAGCUGCACAUUUUGAGUGGUGAAAGGUCAAGGUCAUCCUUCAAGGUCAAAGGUCAAAUAAUAAAAUAAAAGCGGCGCAUAAGGGGGCAUUGUGUUUCUGACAAACACAUCUCUUGUUUCCAUAAUAUAAAAUAUAGUCUAAAUAUUAAUGUUUUCAUCGUUUUUUAGCAACUCGGUGGAUCUUGUUUAAACUUUCACAGUUGAAUCAAUUUAAUGUGCAUAUUAUUGUAAAGAAAGACAUUUUGGCUUCAAAGUAUAUUGCAGAAUAUUUUUUUUUUGGUAUGUUUUGUCCACUGUAGAAUAUAUUGUCAGAACAAUUGAGUGACUCAAACUCCUUUUUAACAACUGUGUGGUUCUGGCGUAUACUUUCACAGUUAAAUGAGCUUAACGUGUUUAUAACCAUACCAAAGAAAUUUUGGCAGUAUCCACUUUUAUCAGCUUUAAGGCCUUUUACCAAAAUGGUGUGUUUUCAAUUUCACUUUGUGCUUUGCAGAUUUUGCUCACACUUUGACAAGUGAAUAACAAGUAUAAGUUAAUGAACAUUAAGAAAGUAAUUUUGUUUGCUUCCAGUUUUGGCUCAAUUGUGCCCCUUUGUACUUUUGUCCACUGCAUCAUAUAUAAAGGAUGUGUCUGUGGCCAAACGUGUGCUGUGGGCUCAUCAGUGUCUGUUCACAUUUAUAGUUAUUACAUUUCCUGUUGAGUUAUUUGCCAGAAUAUUAAUUGCCCUGUCUCUUAUUAAAUGUUUUAUAUGUAUGUGCAUCCUUAUAUUUUAUGUUUCUUCACUUUAACAGCUUGGUAAACUUUGUAAGUAAUGUUUCAUAUUUAUUUUGUUAUCUUUGUGCUAGAUGUUUGAUAUAUUUGUUUAUUAUUUAUUGAUGGUUUGUUAUAGACUUUGUUUUGGGAACUCUACUUACCUGCAGGUACAAACCCACUUUUAUUCAUUUGUGAUGUUUAUUAUUUAUAGAUCAUCAUGAUUUGUAAUUCCCACAUUCCCCAAUAUAGAGCUUUAUUUUCAACCUUAAGCUGCUCUUUCUUAAAAUGUAAAUAAGGAAAACUUAUAUCAAGCAAUUUUCAACAUAAAGAAUAAUUGGGAACUAAAUGGCAUGAUAUAUAGAAAUGAAAAUUACUAUUUCACAGGCCACAAAUCAAUUAUCUUGUAUUAUGAUACUUAAGAUUUUAAUAUCGGUACUUUUUAUGAUAUUCUGAUUUAAGAAAUUGUCAAAUUGCUACAACAUUUUAAGGAAGUGCCCCUGAUAAUAUCUGAAAACGCACUUUUAAUUGCACUGUUUAUAUUACAAAAUAAAUCACAAGGAGUAUAAAAAAAGUGUUGUUUCUUUUUAUUGAAAGUUCACAUCUUUUUGCUCAUGGCAUUACAGAUUUCAUGAAUUUACAAUGCAUGUGUCAAAAGGACACACAUACCUCCCCCCCCCCCAUUUUUCUUUUCUUUUCAAUUAGGCAUUUGACAUCUAAUUAUGACCUUGACAGAAGUAGGGAAAUUGGAACGUUGGCUUAUGACGGUGCA